AUGUUGAUUUUUUUCUUCUUCUUUACUUUUUCUUCAUCCUUCACGUUUCCGUCGUUUGCGUCGUGGGUGGCUUAUCCUCGCCCUGGAAUCGACGCCAGCAAACAGUCGACGGGAGAUGGCUGGGAGAUGCGCUGCAGGAACGAAAAAAGACCUGUCGGCAGUCCACUGACAGCAGGCACGCCCACUGCAAACCCGUUGCAAAAAAGGCGCUACGACAAAGCCGCUGCAAGGGCCCGGGCGCUAAACCGUCCUGGAGCCAAUCAGCAGCUGAAACCCCUGACUGGUGUAGUGAGCCCCUCCUCGACUCCGACGUUUGAGCUGUGGAUGGACGACCCCGGCCCAGUCGAGGUCACUGUUGCUUCUGCGCGACAUACUCGCGAGUUUGCCGAGCAGAAAUGGGACUACAUCAACCUCAAGGACUUCAAGGCCACCGGCUGCGGCACUCCCUUUGCCUAUGGCUAUCUCUGGUUCUCCCUCAUCCUAUCCAUUGCCGUCUACUCAAUUGACAGCUUUACCGCCGUCCAGUUGAUUGCCUUCAACAGGUGGUCUUCUGCCAUCCGACCAGCCAUUUCUUUUGAUGUCUCCAAAUGGAUCUUUUUCAUUUGCAUCAUUCUAUCAUUUAUCAACCUUGGAUACGAAGGCAUCCGUGCCACCCGAGUUAUCAAGCGCAACAACAUUGCCGAGUCUUACCUAGAUCCCCUCGCCGUCCGCUGGGAAUCAAUUCGCGUUGGCAAAGCGCAGGGUUGGCGCCGCUUCCUCGUCUUUGCUGCCUUGACUCAGAGUAAAAAGGGAGCUCACUACAUUGCCCUUUUUACCUACUUUAGUUUCAAAUCUUGGAUCCGUGUCUUGGUCUGCUCCGGCCCUCGCCAGGUCAUCAAUGCCUUUACACUCAAGUCGGUCUACGAAGCCAAGCUCGCUACCAAAGCGACUUCUGUCGAUGGCGCUUUCCUUGGCUUCUUUGACAAAGUCAAGGUUCUUGCCCAGGAAGACUAUCGCCAAGCCGUCAUUUUGUCUGGCAUGGCUUUCACCUUUGUAAUCUGGGCCUUUGCUCUCAUCUUUCUCCUUCUCGCCGUCCUCUUUUACGUAUUCUUCUUGUUUCACUGGAUCCCGCGCGCCGAUGGGGGUCUGACCGGCUACUGUGAACGCAAGAUCAAUGCUGCGUUAUUGACAAUCGUCACGAAGAGGGUCAACAAAGCCCUGGCCAAGGGCGAAGCCAAAAAGUUCAAGGCAGAGGCCAAGGCUGCCAAGAUGACGGGCGAAACCCUACAGCCAGAGCGUGCGGCUACUUUGCCCGAUUUUGUCGCCCUCGCCGACGAUAAGCUACAAGGCAUGCCCAUACUCAACCGCUCCGACACUGGAAACACGCUUCCUCCCUACCAGACUCGUCCCAACACCCCAGGGGGUAUCGAGCUAAGCAGCAUCAACAGACCAGCUUUCGCCCGCAGUGAAACCAAUGGCUCCAGCUACUCUCCCACCGUACCUCUGAUGAGCGCCGCCGCAGACAUGGGUUACGGUCCCGUGUCUACCCAGCCGCCCUUGCCGCCGCCACAGCGUCCCGGCACCGCUAUGUCACAACGAAGCCAAGUUUCCGCUAUGGCGCCGUUGCAGCGCCCUGGUACGGCCACCUCACAACGAGGCAUAGCCAUGGGUGUAAUACAACAGCGCCCCGGAACCGCUAACUCACAGCACAGCCAAGCACCACGGCCUGGCACGGGCAACCAAUAUCCAUACAGCAAUACUCCCACUCACAUGCCUGUAGUGGGGGAAGAGUCGUAUCAAGGUCUGGGACAGCCAACUCUGCCUCAGCUCUCUAUCGCAGGUCCAACUGCCCGGUAUGGGCUCGGGCCGUCAAGCUCGCAACGGAGCGUUGGAUCAUCACAAGAUGGGUCUGAGCGCGGAUUCCGCCAGGGAGUCGGCAAUGCUACACCCCAAGCACAAUCAACCCAGAGGCAGUUUCAGCCAUACAACCCCAAUUCCAGUGCCAGACAGCAAGGCCCCCCGACAGCGAACCUAUACUCUGCCGAGCAAUACGGAAACCCGAUACAUCCGCCAGUUCGCAGCGCUACAGCAGCCUCUGCGCCUCCGGGCGGGCCGAUGUAUUCCCCGCAAAGAUCCGUGACUGCUCCGGUUCCUAGCCGGGCGGCAACAACUGAUCCGUAUAUCCAACGCGGCCUGCCUCCGCAAAAUUCAUCUUUCGCCCCCAUUCAGCGAAGCAACACUAGUGAUGAGUUUGCAAACGGUGUCUGGGUUCCCCCAAGUCAGCGCAACAGAUCCGGACCGCAACCGGGAAAUGGAGGCUGGGUUUCACCGAGCCAGCGCAACACUCCACCGGCAUAUGACUUGGAAGCGCAAUACAAGGACGGACAGAGAAACCAGUAUUAA